AUGGUCUGGACCGACUGGUGGCCCCACGACAGAGUGCCAGAGCCCGCCAGCCUAAACCCUUAUAGGGUUUACUGCGAGCAGGGCAAGGUGUACUGGUGGUGCAGCUGCGGGAAGUGCAAGACGCAGCCGUGGUGCGACCUGAAGAACCAGGCGGCGAACGGCUGCAAGCCCCUCAUGUACAUCCCCAAACUCAGCGGCUGCAAACUCCUCUCCGCCUCCAAGUUCUCCGAAGCUCCUCCUUUUUCCGUCGGCUCCCAUUUGUGGGUUAAGGCGCAGCUCAACACGCCGCGCGCCUGCGCCGCGGCCUUCGCCUUCGCCUUCUCCGCGGGCGUUUUCGCCACCUACCUCAUGCACGGCUGA